GCAGUACUCACUAAAAGCAAGAGUGAGGUCCUCGCAACACUGAGUGAACAAGUCCUAGAAUUUCCAGUCGAGUUGGACCAAAAAAAUUGCACUGCAGUUUAACUAUCAGACUGUUCAUUAUACCCGGUGAUACGAUCAUUCAGUCGGGGAGUCAGUCAGCCAUCAGUCAGCGACUAAGCCAGCCAUCAGUCAGCGACUAAGCCGGUCGGAGGACAGUGGGUCCGGCGAAAAUAAUGAUCACGCUUUGCUGCGCACCGGUGGGGAAAGAUGAGGAUCCCGGCCCGUUGCCGGAGCGAGAGGAGAGACGCAGGUGGCUGGUGCUGCUGGCGGCGUACCUAAGCUUUCUUCUCUGGGAGGGACUCUGCAAGAGUCUGGGGAUAAUGCUGCAGUCUAUCGCUGUGCAGCUGAACACGGAGACAUGGCCGGUCGGCUCUGCCAUUGGGAUAAUGCUAGCAGCCCGGGGACUGACAGGACCAUUGCUGAGGGCUUUAGAGGUUCGAUGGCAGUAUCACCAAAUAGCGCUUGUGAGUGGACUCGUCGCGGGAGUUGGGGUUAUAGGGGCUUCCUUCGCUCGUACCCUACUUCAGUUUGCUGCCUGUCUCGUUCUUGUCACCGGUCCCGCUUUUGGCCUCGUUCUUAAUAUAUCCCUCGUUCUACUGGGCCAAUACUUUCAUCGACUAUACGCAUGCGCAAACGGCCUGGCUUACUCAGGCGCCUCCAUUGGCAUCUUGGUCUACGCGCCCGUGAGCCAGAUCUUGUUGGAUACGUACGGGUGGCAGGGCGCCCUCUUGCUUGUUGGUGGUAUCCAGCUUCACCUGAUUGCCCUGGGCAGUCUCCAGAGGCCUCCAUCAUGUCAUCGAAGGGGAGAAGUCGGUUACAGGGAGGUCGGCACUGACCACGUUUUGCGUGAGAGACAUGAGCCAUCAGCAAGUGAACUCAACAGACACAUUUCGGCCAAUGGUCGAGGGAGCUGCUUGAAGUUCUGUCUUAAGUUUUCUAAAGCCAUGGGUCUGGAUCUGUUCUUGGAUCUGUCCUACCUGACCCUGAUACUCUGCAUGGGCAACCUGUGCUUCGUCAACAUUGCCUGGAUUGUCUACACCGUGCCCCACCUCAUCGCUAAGGAUCUGACCACCUCCAGCUCCACCACUGUCGUCUGGGCGGGAGGCAUCGGUAUCCUGGUGGGCCAACUCGGCCACGGGCUCCUGGUGGACUUCAAGCUGCUGAAGGGGCGCUUGGUAAUGUACCUGGCCAACCUCCUGAUGGGAUGCACUUUGCUCUGCGACCCGCUACUCUUUGGCAAGUGGCCGCUGGCCGCUAGUAACUUCUUCUUCGGGCUUGGACUAGGCAUCGGGCUGCCUCUGACGUAUACCUUGAUGCGGGACGUGGUCGGUGUCGCAAGAAUGACCAAUGCGGUGGGAUGGGCUGAAAUGACGGGCGGAGUGUUUCGAAUAUUGUCCAGCUUUUUAACAGGCUGGCUCUACGACAAGUUAGGGAGCUACGACUUGUCGUUCGUCUUCCUGGGGUCAUCGUCAUGUGUCGUCGUGGUUAUUCUCAUGACCGAAGACAUCUACCGCUUGAUCCAGAGACGGAUUUCGAAUCGGGUAGCACCCAUCUGAUCAACCAGUUUACAUCUUAUUUAUUAUCGGCUUAUUUGAUCGGUUUUUGAAAUAUUUUAAAACUUGUCUUUACUAAGCAUACUAUCAUGAAAGGCUAAAGGAUCGCUCAAUUCCUUUUUUACUUAGCCGGGACUUUUACUUAGAGUUGCUCCCCUCAUGCUAAUUGUGAGAUUCACCCCAAAAAGUAUUUUUAUUUAAUUGAUAUUUUUUAAGAAUAUUAAGAGUUAUAUAAACGUAACGGGAAAACACCGUCCACGUUUAGUUAUAGCAUAAUUAAUUUCUGAUCAUACUUAAGACGGAUCUUUUGUUGUGGAAUGGGUAAAAAAGCAACCCAAAAGAAAAGCUUUCUUUUAGAGGGCUGCAAACGCCUAAAAUCGGCGGGAAAUAUCCUGUUUUGAUACUUUAACAUUAAAUAUAUAGAUUAAAAA